CAAGUUACGUCUUGGCCACGUAAAGUCACGUCUUGGCCACGUAAAGUUGCGUCUUUGUCACGUAAAGUUACGUCGUUUCGCGAAGCUUUGUUGACAGACCUUGCUGGGCAUGAAGAACCCGGAAGUGUUGUUGUUCUUGUUGGUCGUCCUUUGCGGCCAUGCGGGACUUCCAUCUCACCUUUGCGUCUUCGCAGGUGAGACGAGGAAACUCACGGACGUCGUUCAGCGUUCCGAGUCGGUGGGACAGGUGUACAUGUCUCAGGCCGGACCAGGUGGGCAGGCUGGGGACUCGGCGCUGAAUCCUGGCCGACGCGGAAGCGUCUCACCUGGAAGUGCCCCCCAGGUGCGCGCAGGUGGCGUGAAGGCGCUUCACCUGAGCCUGGCAGGUGUUGGGCAGGUGCGAGCCAUGUGGAUGAACCCCGUGCCGUUCACCAAGGCGUCCGACUUCCGACCGCAGUGCGAGUACACGGUCCUCCCCUCACCGGAAAAACGCGACGACACCGGCGUCCCUCUAGCCGCAAGAAACGGACGUUGUGGGGAGAACAGUAAACCAGACAGAGGUAAACCUUUCAAAGUCCUUAAACAUGUUUGCUCGUAUCUUUUCACCAUCAUAGAGAAGCUAGGAGAACUCAAAUUUAGACGGACGGAGGCCCUCAAAGACGGCGAGCGUCGCGGGGGGUCGGGCGUACACCUACGCGGCGGGAAACUUCAAGCGACUCUGAACGAGGCGGUGAUGACGUACGAACCCGGAAGUCUUCCCGUCAUCGUCAGCUACAGGUGCGGCGACCUCAACUACAUCAUGGGCCCGACGUACAACGUCACCGUGCACCCCGAGACGCUACGGAAAGGUGUGACUUCCGAGACGUCGGCCAACGGAUCACCUGGACGCACUUUUGCAGGUGGUGAGAGAGUGGGGAGGGUGGCCCUGAUCGCAGACAUGGGGAUAGAGGAGGACUCCUUCACUGUCAAGUCCAUGCUGCAUCAGCUAGACCAGGGCGAACUGGACUUCGUCCUGCACGCGGGUGACGUCAGCUACGCCGACAACUUCGGGACGACGUUCGGCAGCGGGGACGGCAACAACUCCUGGGUCUGGGACGGCUACAUGACGUCACUGCAGGACGUCACGGCCCGCCUGCCCUACAUGACCUGUCCUGGGAACCACGAGAGACAGUUUGACUUCGCCGCCUACCGGAACUGGCUGCACAUGCCUGCGAACGAGAGCGGGUCCUCGUCCCCAUACUACUACUCGUUCGACUACCUCGGGGUGCACUUCGUCGGCAUCUCGACCGAGCACGAUUUGGGCGCCAACUCCACCCAGCAUAGGUGGUUGGAGCAGGACCUCCGGACGGCUGACCAGAACCGCGCCCGGACUCCGUGGAUCCUGGUGUUCGGACACAGGCCGCUCUACUGCUCCUCCGCCAUUCUCUGGACAACCAGGUGCACGAAGGAGGCAGAGAAGUACCGCAGCGACUUCGAGGCGCUUCUCCAGCGUUACCGCGUGGACGUUUACGUCUGCGGACACAACCACCAGUACGAGCGGUCCUGGCCGGUCUCUCAGGGUAACGUUACCGCCAGGAGCUACCACAACCCCGCCGCAACCGUGCACAUCGUCACCGGGGCCGCAGGCAGUCCCGAGGGUAACGACCCCACGUACGUGCCGGGGUUCCUGGCGCCUUGGCGGGCCGGCUACUCCGAGACCGUCCUGACGGGCUGGACGCUGAUGGAGGUGAACUCUACCGCGCUCGCCUUCUCCUACAUACACAGCGCAGACGGACGGCCGGUGGACAACUUCACCAUCACUAAAACUAAGGGAAAUACAAAGGAAUGAAUGAAAGAAGAAAGGAAGGGAUGAAAGAAUGAGUAAAUGGUAAUUUUAUUAAACG